CAGACUUUUGGUUGAGGUGGGGAGUGGGGGGCAUUGGGGGAGCUUGAUUGAACUUCUCUUUGUCUGGAUGUGCAAGAAUAAGACUUCCAGUUAAUCCAAUCUCCUCUUCGGGCGAUACGCAUUGUUGGAGGUGAGCGUGUGCCGGCAUGUCUGAUGAAGAAGAAGUGGUCGUGGAGAUCCAGGAGGAGGAAGAAGAAGCUGCUCCCCAGGUAGAAGAGCCUCCUUCCUCUGCAGCUGAUGAACCUGUGGAAGAACCAGUGGAAGAACCUGUGGAAGAACCACUGGAAGAACCAAUGGAAGAACCACUGGAAGAACCAAUAGCAGAACCUGCAGAGGAAGGAACUCCAGCUGCAGAUGAAGAUGAAUCCAAACCCAAACCAAAGGCUUUCGCUCCUUCUAUAACUGUGCCAAAGAUCCCCGAGGGAGAGAAGGUGGAUUUUGAUGACAUCCACAGGAAGCGUCAGGAGAAGGAUUUUUCUGAGCUGCAGUCUCUUAUCGAGGCCCACUUCAUCCAGAGGAAGAAGGACGAGGAGGAGCUCCUAGCUCUCGUUAACAGGAUUGAGAAGCGGCGGGCUGAGAGGGCCGAGCAGCAGAGGAUCCGCACUGAGCAGGAGAAGACGAGGCAGGCUCGCCUUGCGGAAGAAAAGGAGAGGAAAGAGCAGGAAGAAGCUCGGAAGAAGCAGGACGAAGAGGCCAAGAAGAAGAAGGCUCUGACCAACAGGACCCAGCAGUACGGUGGCGUUCAGCAGCGGCAAGAUGCAAAGCGGGGAGCAAAAAAGCAGACCGAGCGAGAGAAGAAAAGGAAGAUCCUGGCAGAGAGGAAGAAACCACUCAACAUCGAAAAUCUCAAAGAGGACAAGCUGAAGGAGAAAGCCAGUGAUUUGUGGCAGUGGCUGUGGACACUGGAGGCGGAGAAGUUUGACCUGACGGAGGAACUGAAGAGACAGAAGUAUGAUAUCAACCUCCUGCAGAAUCGCGUUCAGGCCACCCAGAGCACCAAAGGACGAGGAAAGGCCAAAGGCAGGGUGAGAUAGACGGCGGCGCUGAACGGAGAUGGUGGAGGCGGCGCACGAGCGGGACCCCCCCCCCCAAACUUUAAACAACAAUAAACGGUUCCUGAAGUCUC